AUGAAGCGCGCUUGCAUCACUACUCUUCCACGUGUGAUUCUGCACUCCCUGGCAGAGCUGCAGGACGGCCUGAAUGUAAUGAUCGACCCUUCCUGGCGCACUACUCGCUCGCUGGACAAUUGGGCUCUUGCCAUCACGAUGGAGUCCGCGGAGCUGCUGGACUCCUAUCCGUGGAAGUGGUGGAAGAACCUCAACGCCACGCCUGAUUUGGAAAACGUCAAGAUUGAGCUGGUCGACAUCUUGCAUUUCUCUCUUUCUGGCGCAAUGCAGAUGCGCUCCACCCCGGAUGAUGAGAUCCCAGCUGUAUCACUCAAACCCCUGAAGGAGGUCAUGACAACGUUUCGACCAGCAAAGGAAUGCGCGAGCGACCCGCACGAUGUUGUGUUUUUUCCCCUCUCUGAUACGCAGAACGCCAUUGCGAGCUUCCGCAACGUCAUCCAACUCGCAAACGCCUACCGCUUCGAUGUCAUUAUUGAGAGCAUAAUUUACGCCGCCGAGGAUCUUGGGAUCAACCUGGUGGCCUACUACAUUGCAAAGCACACCCUGAACUGUGUACGUCAGCUGGGCGGCUACAAGGACGGGUCUUAUGUGAAGGUGAGCGAUGGUGUUGAAGACAACGUACUUCUACACGGCUGCAUUAAGGACGUCUCCCUCGAGGACGUUCUCGAUGACCGCAAGUACAUCGAGGCGUGGAACCGCAUCAUGAACCGCGUUUACGAGGCUUUCCAGGUUAAAGUAUGUGACCGUAGGGAUACAGAGAGCUGGUUUGCCCUCGCCAAGGACUACCAGCGAGGGAUAGAGGCUUAA